CCUAUCUCUCACUCACACACACACACGCACAGAAUCACACAACCAACAGCCUUUCUUCAGUUCCCAUCGGCCUUACCACUGCAUAUAGAGGCCUCGACUGCGAACACAGCAAAACACUAUGGUGACCAACAACAAUAACAAUAACGAAAAACGCCAUGCUUCCGUCGCAGAAGCAAUACCCGCCCCCUACCGCUUCGUCCUGAGCUCAUACGAGCCCUUCUUCGCCGUCGGUGCCGCCCUGAUGGCGACCUUCAGAAGCGAAAGCUACGUGGCCACCAUGUCCCGCAGCUCCAUUACCUACUCCCCCGAGCACGCGUUCGCGUACACGAUGCUCGGCGGCGCCUUUGUUCUUUUCGCUUUCCUCCUGGUCGUCGUCCUGCGCGUGGUCGACGACGUCCGGUCCUACCGCGCCAUCAUCGCCGGCAUGCUGCUGAUGGACGUCUUUUACUUCACCGGCGCCGCCCAGGCGGUUGGAGGGUGGUGGUCCUUCUUGAACCCCGCGUACUGGACUGUGGAGGACUAUUUCAUGAACCUCACCGGUUGGCCGCCAAUUCUCGUCCGGGUCCUGGUUCUUUUCGAGAUCGGUUUCACCGCUAGCAACGGGAGGGCUUCGGGCAAAACGGCUUAAUUUGCCAUGUCGAGUUUGUUGAGAUCUUGUCUAUGUUAGAGGGGUUGUGAGAUGUUGUUUCAUGGCAUGAAAGCGUCGCAAGACCUUCAUCAUGCCGCGGGAUGAGUGUGACUAUACGAGAGUUCAGCGCUCGGCUACCUGUAUUGGUGAUUGGUGAAGGGUGUUGGUCUUCUCCAGGUCGGUUCGAGGUGUGGUUAAAGUGGAUUCUGGCAUAUGUGGCUUUCGCUCUAGUUAAACACCUCCCCCUCCCAGCACUGACCCAGGAUGCUUGUGUUUUAUCAUCCAAGGGGACUGUGGAUGAAGAUGGGGAUACUUAUGAAGAAUCUUUGUUCUUAUGAGAAAUCGAUUCUCAGAUCAUAGCGACAUGCGGAGAUUUGCGCUAUUGCAGUAGUUACUUUCACCACGGAA